UCCUGACCCGCCCCACACACUCCUCUAUUCUCAUUGGCUCUAGCUCCGCCGACGAUCGGUGAGCCGCCAAGCCGCGCUCCGAUUGGGCCUCGGCAGCCGCCAAGCUGGAUCGCCUUCUCCUAAAAAUGGAAAUUCGUCGAAACCUCAUCUCGACCUCUCGGCGCCAUUGACGCCUUCGUGCAUCAGGCCACACCAUCGGCCGGCCCAGUGUCCGAUGUGUUUCCUCCCCUCUCAAGCUAUCUCCAGGCUGCCCAAGAGGCGACCUACUGCAGAAAAUGACAAAAAUGACAACCGCCCUGCAUCGACGGGCGUGCCCCAGCGCGGCGUCUAUUGUAACCCCUCGGUGCUUCCCAAGUCCGUUUCAGCUUUUGCCUGUAAAUGCUCAAGUCGGCCAGGCUGACCACGGCAAAGUCCUGAGACGGCUGCCAACUGUAUGGUCGUCGAUUUUCCUCUUGUAUUGCCUCAUCUCAUCUCUGCCGUUUACUUCUGUUCGUAAGUGGUUCUGGUCAUCUGUCUUGCUGUUUCCUUUUUUUUUUCUUUUGUUUGCAUUUGUCUUUGCACUGCUCAUUAGCCUUCACACGGCGGUGAUCGGUGACUGUUGGGCCUAUACUGCCCGGUCGUCGAGUAUCCUUCCUUUGGCUGUUUCAGAUCAUGGCGGCGGUCUUCGAAGCACUGCUGCUCUUUGUGGCUGCCGUUGCGGCGCAGAACAACUGCUCUAUUGUGCCAAUCUAUGUCGACUUCCAUGUCAGAGCCGUCGACGGUGGAGUCAACGAACAAUAUGGAUUGUUUACCGGGGCUGGUUUUCCAGUAUCACAAAACAUGUCGCACUGGCCGUCGUUGUCGAACAACGAAACAACCGUGGCCAGCCUGGACUACUGCACCGACAGUCCUUUCCAAGACUGUCUAAACCACGCCCAUGGAUUCUAUUCUCCGGACCUGUCACAAAACUACUCGUCAGGUUCGUCAUACCAGGCACUCGACAGCUACGGCUCGAUUCCCGCCAGGAUUCUGCAGACGGCAUUCGAUACCUUCAACCUCUUCACGCACUACUACGACCCUUCUCCCCCCAACAUCACCCGAAUCCCAAACUUCCCGCUGACGGUCUUGUCCAAUUACUCGAGCAGCACGACUCCUUGGUUUGGGCCAGCGGGCCUGCUCGGCCUGGGACCCAAAAGCACGCUGCUGAACCAUCUGUACGAUCUCGAACUGAUCUCGUCACGGUCGUUUGGGCUGUACAUGGGCACCGCCUACGAGCAGUCCAAUGGCGCCAUCAACGGCUCGCUGACCCUGGGCGGCUAUGAUUCGGGCCGUUUCGAAGGCGACGUGCACAAUUUCACCAUCAGCCCCGCGCGGCCAGAGACCGAGAACAGCCCCUUCGUGGUUUCCGUCGCGCAGAUGACACUGACCGCCUCCGACGGGACCCAGACGGAUCUCCUCACCGAGAGCUUCGACGCCCAUCUCACCACAGCGCAAUACCACCUCAACCUCCCCAGCGACGUGACGCAGAAGUUUUCCCAGCAGACGGGCGCGACACCGUCGAGUGACGGCCUCGAGGUCUUCCGCCUGCCGGACGACUUUGAUUCGAAAUUGAUCAUCACCCUCGCGUCGGGGAUGAGCGUCACGUACGACUCGGACUGGCUGAAGAACGUUUCCAACAACUCCCCCAUCUCCACGGGCACGGUCUCGGACAAGGCGACAAACCAGACGGUCAGCUUUUUCGGCACCGCGUUCCUCUCUCAGGUCUACUUCAUGGCCAACUACGACUCGUCCCCGCCCACGUUCCACCUCGCGACCGCCUCGCCGCACGCGCCCUACGUCUACACGCAGACACUGUGCCCCAACACCGUCCCCACCGCCGCGCCAGAAACCAAGCUGUCGGGCUUCGGCGCCUCUGGUCUGACGGGGGCGAUCUUGGGCGGCGUGAUCGGGGGCAUCGGGCUCUCGUUCGCCGUCUUCUGGCUGUUCCGGAAAUGGAUGCAGCGACGGAUGUGGCGGGAGCAGGCGGCACAGGCCAUGAAGGGGAAAGGCGUUGACAGCGAGUCCACCAUCACGGUGACCACCGCCGCCGGCAAAUGGAAAGGGUCGCCGUCUUCCUUCUCCAGCCACGACGAAGAAGCGCAGCGAGGCGAGGGAGACGGCAGCGAAAUGGCCACCUUUGCGUUCGACUUCCACUCCCAACAACACCAAGCAUACCACAAUUUCCUCCAGAACGCCACGCAGCAGCAGCAGCAGGGACAACAACCGCAGCUCUAUCCCGGCGCGAGCAGAGAACUCCAGAGCACUGCAGCUGCUCACGAACCCGUGUCUCCUAUCUCGCACCGCUCGAUGCCCGUCACGCAAUACGCCCGCUCGUUUACCCAGGACUCGUACUCCAACUCGCCGCUGACGCCGGCCACGGGUGUCCCGCUCUUAUUCUCCCAACACCAGGCGGGCUACUCGGAGGAGGGCCCGGGCCCGACGUCAUCCUUCUUCCCGCCAACGACGACGACAACAUCGUCCUCCUUCGCGCCCCUGACGCUUACCCACACGAACAUCUCCCUCGACGACCCGACGUCCAUCUACCCCUUCGGCGCGGGCCAGGGGCGCGGCGAGGACGACAACUCGUUCCGCGCGAGGCAGGCCAAGCUGCGCGGCGGCGGCGGGCACGACGGGUUGAAUGUGCAGACCGAGUUCGCGCCGCCUCCCAAGUCCACCACCUCUACCUCUUCCCUGGGGAGCAAGAUGGCGCGCAAGGCCGUGGGCAAGGAAGGCGGCAAGAAGGAGAGCAUGUUGAAGAAAGUGUUUCCGCCGUCUUGAAGGGCCUGCCUUAGCGAGUGAGGAGGGACAUCCCUUGGCUUUAUGACUGGAGCGGCGUUGUCGGAGUCAGUCCGAGUGUUGGUGCAUGGAUCAGGCUGGCCUGGUCUAGCCUGGUCGGGUCGGGUUGGAAUGGACUGGGAUUGGGAUUGAGAUCGGGAUUUGGUUCUAACGAGGAAAAGAUUCAUCACGGUCAGAGUCACGGUUCACGGUCAUGGUCACGGUCAACGAAACCCACCUUCUCCCCCCAGUGUGGGAAAAACAAGCGCUCGCUUUUCUUCUUUUCUAUUUUAAUCCGGUGUAGAUAUAACGCGUUGUACACACACACCCUUUACCAAUUUUGAUCUGUUUCUUCUACUUCUA